AUGCCGGAGCGAAAUUAUCUUAAACAUGCAUUGGCUGGUGUGGCUGAGGCAGAUACGCUAGGCGAUGUUCUAGAUGUAACAUCUGCCAUCGCGCGUAAGUCGUAUGCAACACCGGGCCUGCCCAGUUUGGGCUGGGAGACUCUCACCAAAUUGUCCAGCUUGCAUUGGGUGAUAGCUAAGUGUCGCUCUGCUGCUUUAAAGAAGGCGGCGCCAAAUGAAUCCCGCUUGAUGUUACUUGACGCGAAUACCUCGGACUAUGAAGUUGGGCAGUUGAAUGAUUCUAAUGCCACCAACGCGAUAUCCGAAGGUGUUUCACUCGCCGUUGCCAUCACCCCAAGCAGAUUUCAAGCGGGGAUCGAAAACAGUGAGCGAACUCGAUUAGAGUUGGAGCUAGAGCUCGUCAAGCUUAAGCUCGGGAACCUACAAUUGCAGAAUACAGAACUCAAAAACGAAGCCGCGUUAGCACAGGGAUACAAACAAAGUCAUAGUGAGCAGAAUAAUAAAUACCUACUUUUCCUGUUGCCAUCACCCAAUCAUGCUCGCGACAAGACUGAGAGACUGAAUCAAGCCAUAGAACGAUUACUACUGAAAAAUUCUGAAGUUUCCGAAACUCGGAUCGAGUGUCAAGAUCUAGCUGGGCGCUUGGCUUCAUUGCAGGCACUGCAUGAGGGUACGCUGACAGAGCUUUGCAAAGCGCGCCGAAGAGAAUGUCAUAUACGAGAAGAACUGAAAAUGUCUUCAGCGACUGUGAAUAGGCUCACAUCCGCUAUAGAGAUACAGGCAUGUAAGUUGAGAAAACUUGCGGAUGUACAGACUGAGAAUGAUCGCCUGAUAGCAGCAAUAAAUGAGUCCAGUGCUCUGGGUAAACGCUUUGCUCAAGAGUUGGAGACUUGCAAAGCGGAUGCGGCACAAAAAGAAAAAGUUUUGCAGUCUAAUUAUGAUACUCUAGUGGGGAGCAAACAGGAAUCUGAAGUGCUGUUACAGAAAGCCGAGGAUCGCCUGAAGCAGAAGUGCCUCACAAUCAACGAGCUUGGUGAAGAGCUGGCCAGUAUACGCGUGAUGUCCUCUAAGCUUGAACUGCAGAUAAGGCAUGCUAUUGUGCACGGAGAAACUCUCCAAGCCGAAUCUGAGGACAUGAAGUUACGGGCAGACACGCUUGAAUUGGAGCUUCAAGAACUGAGGAAAUUCAAAGCCUUCAUACAUAACUUCUCUGGGGGCUCGUACAGGAAUGCAUCCGCAGUGAAUUCGAUCGUUGACCACUCGGAAAAUCAGGAAAAUUGCAAUCCGGAGAUGCAGCGGCCAAAGUCCAAGCCUGGAAUGAAUUCAUCUAUUGUUUCGCAGCAGACAGGGAUUGGGGACAAUAAUUUUCAACACUGA